GACGAUCUCCCGGCGGGCUGUGCGGCCCGGGUCUGGCGCCUGUGAGUGCCACGUCCCAAGUGCUACGCGGAGCCGGCGGUGCGCGAGGGCGGGAGCAGCGCAGAGCCGGCUUGGCCGCACUGAUCGCCCGCCGCCAUGGGCUCCUCGCAGAGCGUCGAGAUCCCAGGCGGCGGCACGGAGGGCUACCACGUCCUGCGGGUACAAGAAAACUCCCCAGGACAUAGAGCUGGACUGGAGCCUUUCUUUGACUUUAUUGUUUCUAUUAACGGUUCAAGAUUAAAUAAAGACAAUGACACGCUUAAGGAUCUGCUGAAAGCCAAUGUUGAAAAGCCUGUAAAGAUGCUCAUCUAUAGCAGCAAAACCCUAGAGCUUCGAGAGACCUCAGUCACACCAAGCAACAUGUGGGGCGGCCAGGGCUUGUUGGGAGUGAGCAUCCGUUUCUGCAGCUUUGAUGGGGCCAAUGAGAAUGUUUGGCAUGUGCUGGAAGUAGAAUCAAACUCUCCCGCGGCACUGGCAGGACUUAGACCUCACAGUGAUUAUAUAAUUGGAGCCGAUACAGUCAUGAAUGAGUCUGAAGACUUGUUCAGCCUUAUUGAAACACAUGAGGCAAAGCCCCUGAAGCUCUAUGUGUACAACACGGACACUGAUAACUGUCGAGAGGUGGUAAUUACACCAAAUUCUGCCUGGGGUGGAGAAGGCAGCUUAGGGUGUGGUAUUGGCUACGGUUAUUUGCAUCGAAUACCUACGCGCCCAUUUGAAGAGGGGAAGAAAAUUUCUCUUCCAGGACAAAUGACUGGCACACCUAUUACUCCUCUUAAGGAUGGGUUUACAGAGGUCCAGCUGUCCUCUGUCAGUCCCCCAUCUUUGUCACCAGCAGGAACUACAGGAAUCGAACAGAGUCUGUCUGGACUUUCUGUUAGUUCAAAUCCACCAGCUGUCAGCAAUGUUCUCAGUACAGGUGUACCAACAGUACCAUUGUUACCACCACAAGUAAACCAAUCCCUUGCUUCCGUGCCACCAAUGAACCCAGCUACCACAUUACCGAGUCUGAUGCCUUUGCCAGCAGGACUGCCAACCCUCCCCAAUCUCCCAAGCCUCCCUAACUUCAACCUCCCUGCCCCUCACAUCAUGCCAGGGGUCGGCUUGCCAGAGCUUGGGAACCCAGGUCUGCCACCUCUUCCCGCACUGCCUCCCCGAAACUUAACUGGCAUUGCACCUCUCCCCAUGCCGUCUGAGUUCCUCCCGUCAUUCCCUUUGGUUCCAGAGGGCUCUUCUCCAGCCAAUGCAGGGGAGCCACUGUCUUCCCUUCCUGCCACCGGCAUCCCAGCUUCUGACCCUGUUACUACUACUGCAAAGGCAGAUGCUGCCUCCUCCCUCACUGUGGAUAUGACGACCCCAACUUCCAAGGUCCCCACCACUGUUGAGGACAGAGCCAGCGACUCUACCCUAGCCAGCGAGAAGUCUGUUUCUGCAGUUACGGAUGCAAAUGCUUCUGAGUCAUCUUAACUCAGAACCGAUCUUCAGAAUCGGCGUGGGCUAUUUAACUGCGGGAUCGCAUCUGGAAUCUCAAACUAUCGUUGAUUUCAUACUAGUUUGUACCAUAUCUGUAGGCGUCCUGUACAUAAUUCUAAGGGGAAAGUACACAAGAGGCCAAAGGCUUAUCUCCUUUGGAUGGGCCCAUGGCCACAAAGGGGAAUGUGAGAAAGUGCUUAUAUUUUAAACAACCAAAAAGAAUUCUAAGGGUGACUUGCUGCCAGGCAUCCACUGCCAUUCUGGCGUGUACAUCUUUGGGAAAGGAGAUGGCAGGGUGCCUGCUAGGUCCCCGUCCCCCUGCUACUCCUAAGAAAAUGAAAUACUUUAUGCCUAGUGCCCACAUGCAACAUUUCUUGUACUUUGUAAAUUGUUUGCAAGAAUGCAGACCACCUCACUAAACUGUAAAAGAAAAAGAGAAUUUACUUUUGGUCUCUGUGAGUCGCAUCUUUAUUAAGGUUUACAUAAAAAAUUCCAGUUGAAGAUGUUUGUUAAAGUUACACAAUGUGCACUAUUAAUUGGACAUCUUUUUAUUCUGCCUAUACACAGAUCCUUGUGUUGCACUCUCAGAAUUGCUCAGACAAUAUUUUGUAACUGCUGCUGUUGCUUUAUACGCCCACCAUAAGAUGGCAUUUAAAGAAAAAUAAAGGAGAUACUGCAGUUUUAAACCAGAAAGUAGCACUCUGUGGCUACAUAACAGCUAUACUGAGAGAGCACAGAUACAGCAAUAAAUUAGUCAUUUUACUUUUC